AUGGAAUUUUGUGCAAUAAAGGAUAUGUGUGAAUGUGGCUACGACAAAUAUGGCAAUGCGCUUGGAGAAGUUGAACAGAUUCCCAAAUAUGACAGGCUGCGGUGGAAUAUCACUCCUGAAUUAAAUAGCACUAUAAUGAGCAGCUUUGAAACGGCGAGUGCUUUGAUCGAGGAUGUUGAAAUGGCAUUGUUGGUUUGGACGGAUUUCGGUAAAGGCUUGAUCAAAAAACUACGAGUUUCACCGGAUGGGUUUUUGCAGUUGGUCCUACAACUAGCUUUUUAUCGCGUGAGUUUUAUGUUGUACUGA